ACUCUGACACCGACAGAAAGACUUCACUCAACAUUGGCACUCAAAGAGUUACCUCCCCUACGAAAAGUGGUUUUCCUUCGUCGAAGUGAAGAAAAUUUUUUGGUCGUUUCCCGGUUUAUUUGGUCUCCGUUUCUGCAACCUGAUUGAUUCCUACCAACUUCUUGCAGCGAUUUUUACUUUGUUUGUAUUGUGUUCGGUUUAAUUGCUUACAUUUGAUGACAACAACAGUGAGGCUAUCACUAUGACAACCAGAGAGGAAGCUUCAGACAUCCUCAAGUCUCACAUCCCAGAUAACAAAGAGGAUUUACUAGAUCAAAUACUUGACCGACAGUCACUUGAUCCUGCCUUUGAUCACCUUCUAAAUAAAUGUGUCGAUAGCCUAUACAAUGGCCAUUACUAUGACUGCCUAGCACAGAGUUCCAUCCUGCUGGACAGAAUAUGGGAAAUGCUUAAUAAGGGUCAUUGGAAAACUGUAUCCAUGCAUUGGCGUAUCUCAUAUUCAGUUGUCUCCCUUUGUAAAGCCUGUUCCCAGCUGGCCUUGUGGCUUACGUCAGACCAAGAGUCCAGCAUUUCUGCCACUGAUGUCCUUAAAUCUUGUGAUAUGGGCUUACUGAUGGGUUCACCUCUUGAAGGAAAUAACUUAACAAAUUUAGCCUCUUCUGUUCAUAGAUUGUUCUGUUCUACAAAACAAAACCAAGGAACGCAGAAAUUAAGUAGAAAUCAGCCGGCCGUGUUAUCUGUGGCUCCCGAGGAAGAAGAAGAAGGUAACGCCAACACUGUUAUGGUGUCUCAGGAUAAGAGAUUAAAUAGUGUUGAUGAAUCUGUUCACAACCAUGCUGUAGAAAACUGCUUGGAAAAAGUCUCGACUAACAGAUUGAUCCUAGAAAAACCUAGCGAUGUUUGCAACAACAUUGUGGACAAAACAAAGGAGAUGGAGACUAAUAGCAUAUUAUCAUCUUCAUCGUUGAGAAGUGAGAAUGGUGUGACAUGUGUUAGAACUAUUGAGAAUAAUAACAGUGAACCAUUUCUGACCAAAGUCAGCACUUUCAACUUACCAAUCACCAAAGUUAAAUGUCCAUCUUUAGAACACUUCCAUAAGAAUUUCUACAACAUGAAUUGUCCAGUCAUCAUAACUAACGCCAUUAACUACUGGCCGGCCAUGAGCAGCCGGCCAUGGAAUUUAGAUUACAUCAAAAGUGUUGCAGGCGCCCGUCUGGUUCCUGUUGAAAUUGGCUCAAAGUACACUGAGGAUUCUUGGAGCCAGAAAUUAAUGACAAUCUCCAGUUUCAUUGAUGAGUUUAUCAUCGAUCCCAAACAAGGAACUGAUAAUGUUGGGUAUUUAGCCCAGCACCAGCUUUUUGACCAAAUCCAAGAACUGAGGAACGAUAUAAGUAUUCCUAUAUAUUGUUGUCUGGGAACGUGUGAAGAUGUUGAUGUAAACGCUUGGUUUGGACCGAAAGGAACAGUCUCGCCCCUACAUAACGACCCUAAACAUAAUUUUCUGUGUCAAGUGUUUGGAAAGAAACUCAUCCGCCUUUAUUCCCCUCAAGACACUGAAUCACUCUAUCCGUAUGACAGCCACCUUCUUGACAACACAAGUCAAGUAGAUGUGGAAAAUCCAAACUUGGAGAAAUUCCCAUGUUUUAAAAACCUCAAUUAUAAUGAAUUUAUAUUAGAGCCGGGUGAAAUGUUGUAUCUUCCUCCGAAGUAUUGGCAUUUUGUAAAAUCCCUGUCAGUUAGCUUUUCUGUUAGUUUUUGGUGGGAGUAAGCUCACCGUCUCACCUCAUGCACAUACGCACACACACAUAAUAUGCUUGCUUCAACCAUCUGAGUUGUAAUGAUAAGUACAGUACCUCAGAAGGUGUCUCUGGUUCUGUGUUGGUCAAGUCUGCAAGUGUUUGGUGAUGUUUAGUCAUAUCUAGUCCUGUAUGGUUAUAUCCAGUGUCUGGUACAGCUCAAACUAUGUCUGUCCAUGCUUAGUUCCAUUUGGCCGUGCAUGGUCUCUCUGGUCUGAAGGAACUCUUCAGUAUUUCUGGUCGUGUCUAGUUCUGUAUGGUUAUAUACAGUGAUUGUGUGGUACAACACAAACCAUCUCUGUCCAUGCUUAGUUCUGUUUGGUCAUAAAUGAACUCGUUGGUCCGAAGAAAUAUUCCUCAGCAUCUAUAAUUCAUCAAUCGUGGAGAGAAAGGGGAAGAGAAAAUACCAACCUAACAAUUUCAACUCAACACCACCAAAAUGGCCUUUAUAUCAAAAUAGAAAAGAAUGACAUGAAAUUUUUUGAAAAAAAAGUAAUGAUGAUAAAAAGCAAUGAUAUGAAGAACAAAAGAAAUUCAAGUGUCAUAACCGAGUCAUUAAACUGCGCAUUUAUUUUUAAUAUUCCAGAAAUAUAUUGUGAGUUAUAACCUUCCCACAUGCUUUUCCUUGUGUAGCCUCAAAGCAAUAAUGCCAUAACUACAAUGCUUUCCUCAGGUCUAAUCUAACCAGAUUGUAAACUUAAUCCAUCAUCCUCCUUAACAUCACAAUCUGGUGUUAAACCAUCUGACCCUUGAGAUGCCUUCAGCAAUGUCGAUGUUGUAAGUAUUCAAGCGAAGUCUCUCGUCUGAGGAUAACUUCUUCCUUUUGUCCCACCAAAUCCCAAAUGACCCUGAAAAAGGGUCGUUGAUGCUGCAUUGCUUCUUCUGAAUAAUUCAUCAAGAAUUUAAAAUAACAAAACACUGCUACUUGUUGUGCUGCCUGCUGCCCAGGAGUAAUGGUUCCUCAAUUACAUAGCUCUUUACCUUUGUAAAAACCAGCUCUACAGAUGGAUAUCAAGCAACUUGUCCAAUGGUUCAAACAAAAGGAAACUCCAAGAUGAAAUAUAACUAUCAUAAUCAUAAAGGAAGGGUAUGAAUGGAAAGGAGGAGAAUAACGUAUGUAAUGUUUGUGUUUUUUUUAUCAAGAGCAUUCUAAACCAAUUGUCAGAAUGAUGGACAAAAUGCCUUACAGUGUUUAGUAAUUAUGGCCCUGUACAUUCUGGGUUCAAACCCUACCAAGGUCAGCUCUAUUGUAGAUCACUCAAUCUCAAUCAUGCAGUGAUAAGCACCACUUACAAAGUAUACAUUCUGGGUUCAAACCCUAAUAUCAUCAUUCUAAUGUGGAUCACUCAAGUUCAAUCUCACAGUGAUAAGCACAACUUACAAAGAGAUAAACUGCUUACCCUCUGACAGGCUGAGUAUGCAAGACUUUUUUUUUUUUGUGGGGUAUUUUUAUUUUUUAUUUUUAUAUUAUUUUUUUUUUUUGCUGCUGAAGCUUUUUUUUUUUUCAUUGGACCUUGACAAUGAAAACGACAUGAUCUCAUUUCCUUUCUCCUAACAUGCCUUGUGUCAAAGUACGAAACUGCACUCAGUAUUUAAAUAUUUAACACCUGUUCAACCCAUACUGGCUUCUAUUAAACUGACAAAAUAAUUUUCAA